AUGACCAGCAUCAAUACAACAGUCACACCACAGACGAGCUCAGCUGGUUUGAACAUCACAGUGCUGGAAGAAUGCAAGACCACAGCUCGAUGUGUGGAAAAUCUCCUCGACCUCAUAGAAAGCCUAACUCAAGUGCUUCCCUUCACUGAUGUGACCAAAUGUUUGGACAUGGUCCUCAAUAGUACAGAGAUGUUUGUAGAGUCAGCAGCAGCCGACUCAAAUAAACUGGUGUUAGAUGGAAAUCGUGUGUUAAAAGCCAGCGAGAAACUGGUGUCCAUGCUGGUGAAGGCCACGAACACAAGUGACAAUAUCAGCUUUACUCUGGACUCUGUGGAGGGACAAAUCUACAGUGUUGGACCACAGGUCACCUUAGAUGAAAUCCCUGAGCUGGAGACAAAAAAAGCUUUUGUGGAUAUCGAUCUGAUUGGAAUUGCCAAGAACAAUGAAAUAAGAUCUGCUGCUGUGGCUUUCAUGAGCUUCACCACAAUGGAGAAUCUACUGAAGGCCGACUUCUUCAACACAACUAAUGACACCAUUAAAACCAUGAUGUCCACUGUGAUCUCAGCUACUCUUCCCAAAACCAGCAACACUACACUCACCAAAGCAGUCAACUUCACCUUCAGACACAUCAGAGAGUUUGACCCCAACGGUUCUCUGUCCUGUGUGUACUGGAAUAUCAGCGAGUGGAUUGUAGAUGGUUGUUCUGUGUUAAACAGCAACAGCAGCCACACUGUGUGUUCCUGUGUUCAUCUGUCCACAUUCGCUCUCAUCAUGCAGACCAGCAGCAGUCCACCACCGAGCGAUCUGCUGGAUCUGCUGAAUCUGGUGUGUGUGAUCGUGGGUCUGGUGUUAUUCAGUUUGGCUCUGUUGUCCUUUGCUCUUUGUCAGUGGAGUCCUGGAGUCAAUAAUGUGGCUCGAAUCAACAUCUGCAUCAGUCUGCUGUCGGCUCACCUUCUGUUUCUGCUCACACAACAGUUCCUGAGCCUCAUUCGCCCUCAGCAGGUGUUGUGUGUGGUGAUAGCAGGCCUUCUGCACUUCCUCUUUCUCUCCGCCUUUGUGUGGAUGUUCAUUGAAGCUGUGUUGCUCUUCAUCUGUGUCAAGAACCUAUCACAGAUCAGCUCCAAAAAGAGGGAGGAGCUUAGCAGUGGAUUCCUGUGUGCGAUUGGAUAUGUGGUUGCUCUGGUUGUAGUGGGUGUGUCUAUUGGGUUGAUUCCAGAAGCAUACGGUAGCAAACACUGCUGGAUUAAAACUGCUGAAGGGUUUAUUUGGAGUUCUCUGGGUCCUGUUUGUGUCAUACUAGCACUAAACUUGAUUCUCUUCAUUAAAAUCGUCAUCACUCUGAACUCGACUCUCAAAAAUCUAAAUGCUGAAGUUACACAGAUUAAACAAACCAAGGUUAUAGCGUUUAAAACAGUUUGUCAGUUUGUGGUUCUUGGUUGUCCUUGGAUUCUGGGUUUCUUCACUGAUAGCAGUGAGGUGCUGCAGAUCGUCUUCCUGAUCUUGAACUCUCAGCAGGGAACCUUCAUCUUCCUGAUCUACUGUGUGCUCAAUAAUGAGAUCAGACAACAGUACAAGAACUGCUUCACAUGUCUUUGCUCUGGAAACAGCUUCAAGUGCAACAAAUAAAAUCAACACUAUUUUACAG